UCGAAAUCCCGCGCGUUGUACUGCUGUGUGUACAUAUGAGAGACACACGGACGCUUGGCUGCUUCCACCAAUAUUUUUACCAAACCCAGCGGACGUGCUUCGAAACCCUGAAAUAGCUGGCCGCUGUGCUAUAAACUACCGUCACCCAAAGCUUUCCUACACACGGUGUAACUUCUAAAUAGCAAUAGUUGGACCUGCUGGUUGUUUUUGCCCCCCUCUUUGGUUUCCUUGCCAGCGGCAGCAUCCUUUUUAAAACGCUGCUAGCCAAUUCAUUCCGACCAGCAAACGGAAAAUUUUGCACUUUGUGGCUUGCUGCUUUUUUUUGGUGGAGGAUCCGGAUCCAGAAGGAAUACUGUUUUUUCGCAACUUUUCCUUCCCGAUGCUGCACGUGCAGCAAAGUUGCAUUUAAAUUAUAGGAUGCGGGCGGAUCUAGUGCCGGCGGGGUUCGAGCCAGUGAGAAAAAAAAACAGCUAAUGGUCCGGGAAAAGCGGGUAAAAUCUACGAGGUUGAUAGUUUAUGGAGAACGUGCUGUAGGUUUUAAACUGGAUUGAGACAACUCCAAUUUGGUGUGAGCUGUUUCACACAUAAAAACACACCCCAGGAUACCCCAGGUGAAAUGAAUUUCUCAACUUCAAGGACCUGGCUACCGAAUGCGGACUACAAGUCUUUUAUCGUUUGGAGAUAAAGUGGACAACUCCUGUACAAGCCUGCCCGGAAAACAGAUACGAUGUACAUGGGUAGAACAUCCGCUUUAAAAAACCCCGGCUAAUUAAGUACUGUUCUACAAUGUUUUCACUACGAUAAACCGAGCGGAAGCCGAUGAAUCCUCAAGAUGUUCCAAAAACCACACCGGUCCAACCACAUUCAUCCGAGAAGUGUUGCAUAUUUUAAUGUGCCACCGUGUGCCAUCGAGGAAAGGCCGAACAGAGAAUAAAAAAGGCAUACAAACGACUUGCACCUUCGCUCGACCGGUCAAGUCAAUUUCGAGUUGGCCGUCGUGAGGAGCAAACACAGAAGCCUAUCUUAUCGGGGGCCAACUCGUGACGGGCGUUCAUGCAUGGUCCGGUUCUGCUUCUGAUCUCCGGUUUCGUCGUCAUCGUGUGCAAGAACCCGCCACAGCAAGGACAACAAAAAAGUCGAAAGCAAACCAACGUCGAGAACACAGCAACGGGCGAAGUUUUGCAAAUGGCUCUGGAACACCUCAAACCCAGCCACGCUACAGCUCGCAGCAAGACGGAUCGGUGAUGUUUGAGAAAAAAAAAACGGAAGUGCGAGUGCAAGAAGCGAAACGGAGUGGAAGGGGAGCAAAAAGUAUUGCAUCCAGGAGGAACCAAUGGAGCUAAUAACGUCAAGCGCUCGGUAGUCGGUUUCGAUGCGGCACUUUGGUGCACCCGGUGUGUCAUGAUGCACCGAACAACGUAUUCAACCGUGUGUGUGUGUGUAUGCACAUCAUGCCGUACGGUGGAAGCCACGAGACACUUGGUUCGUUCGUUCGCCUCUUACGGAUCAUUGGCGGUUUGACUCCGGACAACUUUCCGGGCUUGUGCAUCAGCAGCAGCAGCAGCAGCAUACGGACAUACGGAUGGGAGUCACACACACACACAAAAAAAGCCUGGCAGACAUACGCGCACAGGACUCUCGGCGGAAAUCUACUACGUCCGCGAAGGACAGGUCAAUGCAUACGCCCUUCACUUCACCGUACCGGUCCCGGCCGAUGUGGAGGAGAUCUCGUUCACCUGGCAAAGUCUUGCCGACCGACCACUGCCCUAUCGGAUCAACAUCGAUUCACCCGACUCGAUCGCACUGCCAAAACCGUCGAUGAACAUAUCCUGGCAGGGAGAGAUCCCGGAACACAUCGAAACGUUCGCCAUCGGGUUGCGCUGCAGUGGAGAAAAGUCGGCCGAAUUGGACAUAACGAUCACGAUCGAGGUGACUCUAGAUCGGUUGACGGGUAACACAACGGAGCUGCUGUUCCGUCGCAAAAAGAUCUGUUUGAUGAGUGAACAUCCAGACGCAACACAACCGGAUCCCUAUCUGCUGGAGAAUGCUUCCAACGGACAGAAUGGGCUGAUCACGAUCAUAAUAGGAGGCAUUCUGGCGAUCCUCUUCGUUUCGAUCUUCAUCAUGAUCGCGUACUGUGUGCGAGGCUCGUUCAACAGAAAACCACACCACGCACAACCGAUCCGGACGUCCAGCUUCCAGCGUCUUCAGACACACGCACCAUCGGCGCCCUCCUCGAUCGUAUCUCCUCCCUCGAUCGCUCCCACGAUCGCCACUCUUUCACGCAAUCGCAUCUACGCGAAUGCUGAGCCAGAGGAACUGCAGCGCCGUAUCUCCGAACUGACCGUCCAACGAUGCCGUGUACGCCUGUCCAGUCUACUUCAGGAGGGCACAUUCGGACGUGUCUACCGUGGCAGCUACAACGACAGCCAGGAGGUGUUGGUAAAGACGGUCGGACCACACGCUUCCCAGGUGCAAGUGUCCCUACUCCUCCACGAAGGCAUGAGCCUGUACGGUGCACAACACCCAGGAAUCCUAUCCGUGUUGGGCGUAUCGAUCGACGAUCACACAGCUCCAUUCCUGCUCUACCUAGCUCCGGAAAACACACGCAACCUGAAGAUCUUCCUGCAGGAACCGGUCGCCCGCACCCUAACCACGAUUCAGAUCGUCAAGAUUCAGCUCCAGCUCGCCCAAGCACUCGGCCACCUGCACAGUCACGGUGUGAUCCACAAGGACAUUGCGGCACGAAAUUGCGUGAUCGACGAUCAGCUGCGGGUGAAGUUGGCCGACAACUCGCUGUCCCGCGAUCUGUUCCCCGGCGAUUACUACUGUCUGGGGGACAGUGAGAACCGACCGAUCAAGUGGCUUGCGCUCGAAUCCAUCCAGUUCAAGCAGUUCAGUGAAGCGUCCGACACGUGGGCAUUUGGUGUCCUCAUGUGGGAGCUCUGUACACUUGCCCGACAACCUUACGCUGAGGUCGAUCCGUUCGAGAUGGAACACUAUCUGCGCGAUGGUUACCGGUUAUCGCAGCCCAUCAACUGUCCAGAUGAGCUGUUCGCAAUAAUGGCCUACUGCUGGACGAUGCUACCGAUGGAGCGGCCGUCGUUCGAGCAGCUCCAGAUCUGUCUGCAGGACUUUUACGCCCAGCUGACACGCUACGUCUAGGGAUUACCGAGUCCCGGCCAACGGUUCUACAUGUUUCCUACGCCCCGGGCACUAUCGUUAAGCUUUAGAUUUAGAGUGAAAAACCGAUCCCCCGCAUCCGCACCCGCACCCGCACCACUGCCGCCCACCCCAACGUCAACGGUUCCGAACCGCGCGACUGAAGCGUCCGCCAUGUACAACACACUGCCGGCCAUCACUGCCGGUGGCGUUUCGUGACAAAAGCCGGCACCGUUGGCCAGCGUCGGCAUUGGACAGGGGACGCUUCUUCCACCGGCAGCGGUGGCCUGGAGCUCCGUGUCCACCCUAACGGCCAACGGUGCCCGGUGCAAAGGUGGUAAAAAAGCUUUCGCAAAGGAUGUGCAGCAGCGCACCAAGGAUCAUCAUCACCAUCACCAUCAUCAUCACAACCGAUUCCCGAACUUCCGCACGAUCGGGGUGCCGAAGAGUGGUGCCGGUGGGAAGAGCGGUGGGGGAUCGCUUGGCCGUCACCUCAGUCAGAAGGAGAAGCCGGUGACGGCGGCGGCGGUGGUGGUGGUGGAGGAGGAGGAGGAGUCGAACGACGAGAAGAGGAGUGGAAGCACCGAGUCGUCCUCGCCAGUGCAACCGUACAUUAUACCGUGUGCGCCAUCGCCGUCACGGUGAAUCGAGCCAGCCAGCGAGCAGCUUCGUGUGAAUACAUCGUGCCAAAAACUAAUAAGGUGACAAUUAACUACUACAACUACUACUCCUGCUGCUAGUACGUACUGUGCGGACGACGGUGCGUCGUUCUCGCGGCUUGUUUGUUCUCGUUCGAUCGUUCGUUUGUUAGUGCUGGUAGAUUUUUUAUGCUUUUCUUUGGUUCGUAUGUAAGGGAACGAUCGUUUCACAAUCAAUCUCAUCGCAUCGGCAGGCGACACAUAGGCAGAGGUGUAAGUGUUAAGGAUCAGCAUCAUCAUCAUCAUCAUCAGUAAGAGAAUUCAUAUCCAUUCCGCGAGCGAAAAGAAAAAUGGAGGGAAAAGUAGUGACAGGUGUCGGACAUAGUUUAUUUAAGCGCCGUUUUAGCGAGGAACGCGUCCCGGUAUCUCCGCUUGUAUAUAGUAUCCCCAUCCCACGAUUCAAUUGUAGUAAGAACCCGUCGUAGUAGAUAGAGUCUAGACCACUAGUGACGAGUAGGGGCGCGAAGGUAGGAAAGAAGGAAGGAAGUUAUUUAUUAUUGCUAGAUAGAGUCGCUAAACAACCUUUUUUAUACACGAGAAAAACGAAAACGGUCAAAGAUUAACAUACAACGGUCGAAUGCCAACAACACCAAUCAAACAAUAAUUGCUAUAAAACAACAGUCGAUUUGUGGUGGGCUAAUUUUGGGAGACACGUCUCCAUUUUGUCUUCGUCCUUUUGUCUCGGUUUGUUUGUCUCUGGUUUUUUUUUUUUUUUUUGUUUAUCAAUCCUGCUCUUUAUCACAAACAAAACUUUACUCUCUUUCAUCUUUCUCUCUCUCGAUGUCCUCCGUUCAAGUUUUCGUUCCAAUAACUCUUUUUCCCCCGGUCCAUAAUAACCGCUCGACGUAACGUAAAUCUGUUAAAUAGAAAGCUGUCUAGCAACUAUACUCCCUGCAUAAUAAAGGAAGUAUUAAACUGAA